CAAGUGUCAGUCAGCCAAAAAUCAAAUCAGUCAACAAAAGUCAAAAAUGGCGAAUGUUCCUCUUGGCAUAACAACUCAUGCUCAAAAAGUUUGUAGCCUUUACAAAAAGGCUUUACGUAAUUUAGAGUCGUAUUACGAUAGGCGUCAUGUGUUCCGUUACCAAGCUGUGCUCCUCAGAGAUCGUUUUGACAAAAAUGCCAAAAUAGCAGACAUGCGCAAAGCAGCCCAGUUGCUGAAAGAAGGAGAAGAUGAACUUUUUAUGCAUCAGCACCCUAUUCCUAAAAAAUUCCCUACAAGUGUAGGAGGUGUAGCCCACGAACGUGUUGUCACACCACCAGAUUGGAUUUUGGAUUACUGGCAUCCACUAGAGAAAGCUCAGUACCCAGAGUACUUCAAGAAGCGUGAAGAAAGAAAGAAAGAGUUUGUUGCAAUGUGGGAGAAAGAAUAUGGCAAACCUGACCCUAAAGAUCACCAUCAUUAAUCAUUGUAUGUAGUUAUUAUGAUAGUAAAGUAAUUGUUAAUGUUU